CAAAGCUGCCGCUACUGCCACUAAGCCACCACCUUCUGACGUCUUCAUAUGCUGUUCGGGCAUGAGUAGCCCUAUCUUCUCUUCCUGUCCGGCUCGUCAGAUGUCAAGUUCAACUUAAAACUGCCGCUGUUCAGCCGUCUGCUAUUCGGUGCACCAGUCACACGACACCGAAAAUGCCGGAGGUGCAUAUGCAUCCAUUCGGCCCAAGGGGGGCCGAUGACCACCUUCAUCGCUUUUGAAUUCGGUGCCUAGUGAUUUUGCAGUUCGUUCCUGAAAAUUCCAGCUUCUUUAAGAUUCGAGGUUGCCUACCUACCACCCUUUCUUCCAAACCCGAGCACAAGAGGGUAUCCCAUUGGUCCAACCCGAAAGCCAGUCCGAGAGUGUGCUUCGUGGCCCAAUAUAAAAUCGAAAGCUCUCUCAUCCAUUGCUACAAGCCCCUCUUUUCGUUCUUCCAUCAUCUGACAUCAUCCGUCACACACAAGCUACCAGCGCACCUCCCUGACAGAACAACACCACAUCGACAUGUCUCGCAACUGGCCCAUCGACGGCGACAACUCCGACAUCCCCCACGGCUUCAAACGAAUCGAAUACGACGCCGACGCCCGCGUGUACAUUUACCAAAAAGGCACCCAGCUCUACGCCGCCCGAAGCAACACCUCCCCCAUGACUCCCAUCCCCAACCGCGCAGCAUCCAACAUUUCCCCUGAAGGCUUCCGACAGGGCUUCCCCAAUGCCGACAGAGAUGAGGACAAGAAUGGGGUGCGGCAGGUGCUCAAGCGGAGAGUCACGGGAAUUACUCGAUCAAUCACCCGGCGAGUGACGGGACGGAAACCAAACAGUUAUGGAUACCAGAAAGAGAACCGGGUCGGGCGGUCUUCGUCUCGGUCUUGCCCGUCAGGCUUUUUGCCGGAUGAGAAGGAGGAUCCGUUUGGGGAUUACGCUAGUUAUGAGGAUGAGAGGCCCGCGACGACGUUCGACGAAAUUUUCGCAAAAAUGCCGAGAAUGAAUACUGUUUGAUCAACCAUGACUGAGGGUGGCCUCCAUCAGAUUUGAAUGUGGCACGUUAUGAAGUUAAAAUGUGAAUGUAUAUAGUCAGAGGACUCACUCGGAUCUGUUGCGGUCUUGGUGUAAUGCUGCAAGCCGGUCUGAGAUAUCGUUCACCUUCUUCAAUGCGCAGAAAGGGAAGAUACAUUUCGGCAUCAAGCCAGGUAUCGGGGGUCUCAGGAGAAACUUUAUGUUUCGGAGAAGUUGUCGACAAUAUGUUGUUAAAUCUGAUGGCAGGUAAACUCCUAGAGAAGAUGUGCAGGGAUGCGCAGCUGGUUUGGCGUUGUGUGAGAAAAGAAAGC